AUGAAAUUCUCUGCCGUUGUUUUUAUUGCUGCCCUGAGUGGCUCUGCCAGGUUACCGAGGAGUUCCAGUCUCUUUACCCCAGCACCAAGCUCAAGCGUCGAACGCAACAGCGACAAGCACGAGUUGUUCACACGCCAGUGGGAGGGUGCUUCUUAUGAAUGCAUCGACUCCAAGCACCCGGUUCACGGAUGGGAGCCCGCUGACUACGGUAGGAUCCAGGAGGGGUGGAACUACCUUUGGGAUCUCGAGGGUCAGCCCGGGCACGGUCCUGGCCCUGCUGCUUGCGCACGCGUCAGCUGUUCUCACAACUCGGGCAUCUACUGGUGUAACGAUAACGACCACGCUGUCACUCUCAACUCAUGGGGCGACUUGGCCCGUGGUGCGGCUGAGCUCUGCAACCUCUGCUCGUCUGCUGGCAUUCGCAACAAGUGCGGUGGCCAGUUAUUCCACCCUGACGGAUACAACGUUUUCAUCACCAACGACAGCUGCUAG